AUGGCUUCAGUCCAGCCCGCGCCCGCGGUGCAGUCCACCAUGCCACCGCUGCCACCUAACCUCUCCCCUUCACAGGUCCAAGAGGUUUACCAAAAAUUCCAGCGCAUGAAGGCCCAAAAUGUCCCCGAGACAGACCCAGAGUACAUCAAAGCCCAUCGCUUCCUUACCGCUGUUCAGCAACAACAGAAUUUUCGAAAGUUGGCUGCAAUGCAGCAGGCUCAGAAGCAGCAACAACAAGCCCAACAACAGGCGGCGCAGCAGCAACAGCACCAACCGCAAGGUCAACAGGUGAAUGGAAAUUCAAAUAGCGCCGCGACCAAUGGGUCUGGGAACGCGCAAACAGAUGCCCCAGGCGCUGCUGUCAAUGGUGCCGCCUCAUCGGCUCCCAGCGCACCGAAUACGACGGCCAGCGCGCAAGGCCCGGCAGCGCAAGCGCAACGUGCAGUGGCGCAAGCCAAUGCAAGUUUUACGCCAGAACAGCUGAAUAUGUUGAGGACGCAGAUAUACGCAUUCAAGAUGUUGUCCAAGAACCUCGUGCUACCGACCAAACUGCAGCAGCAACUGUUUCCUUCCAUGAAGCAGCAAACGGCUACAGCUUCUGAUACCACCAGUGCGGAUACUGCCAAAGGGCCCGAGAGUGUUAAGGAACCGAAAGCAGGCGUUGCCGGCGACCAGCUUGCGCAAGCAAAGUCAUUCUUCGACACUUACCAAUCGCCAUAUGACCUUUUGGGCAAAGCAAUAAGCUAUGCAGACCAUAGCCAGCGCUCUAAACGGCUGAGGAUCCCCAGUCUCUUACCGCCGGGCAUCGACCUAGAACAACUCCGGGAAGAGCAGGAACGUCUUGUUUAUAACCGUGUUCAGGCUCGGAAGAACGAGCUCGCUUCCAUCCCAGCAAACCUCGGAUCAUGGGACAGCAGCAAAUCAACUGAACCUGAGAUUGAUGACACAUUGAAGAUCAAGGCGUUGAUUGAGUUCAAAAAGUUGUCUUUGCUCCGCAAGCAACGCGAGUUCCGGCGCGAGAUUCAGCAAGACCUCUAUCACUACGAUAAUCUCGCCAUGACAGCCAACAGAUCGCUCCAUCGGAGAAUGAAGAAGCAAUCUCUGCGCGAGGCCCGUAUUACCGAGAAGCUCGAAAAGCAGCAACGCGAUGCAAGAGAAAAUAAGGAGAAGACGCGGCAAUCCAACCAUUUGCAGUCGAUCAUAGCUCAUGGUCAUGAACUCCGCAACAACGCAGUUAGCCAGCGCGCUCGGGUCCAGAAACUGGGACGAUUGAUGGUAACACACCAUCAGCAUAUGGAACGCGAAGAGCAGAAGCGUAUCGAGCGCACAGCCAAACAGCGUUUGCAAGCCCUCAAGGCCAACGAUGAAGAGACCUACUUGAAGCUUCUCGGACAAGCCAAGGAUUCGCGUAUCACGCACCUCCUCAAGCAGACCGACGGCUUCUUGAAACAGCUUGCUGCAUCUGUCAGAGAGCAACAACGGAAUGCCGCCGAGAAGUGGGGUAAUGAAGACAAAUAUCUGGAUGAGCAAGACGAAGACGAAGAAGACGACGACGAUGAGGAAGGACAAGGCAAGGUUGAUUACUAUGCUGUCGCUCAUCGUAUCAAGGAAGAGGUCAACGAACAGCCUUCAAUCCUGGUUGGCGGUACCUUGAAGGAAUACCAAUUGAAGGGUCUGCAAUGGAUGAUUUCUCUCUUCAACAACAACCUCAAUGGUAUAUUGGCCGACGAAAUGGGGUUGGGCAAAACCAUCCAGACCAUCAGUUUGAUCACGUAUCUUAUCGAAAAGAAACGUCAAAAUGGCCCCUUUUUGGUCAUUGUGCCUCUGAGCACGCUCACCAAUUGGAACCUGGAAUUCGAGAAAUGGGCACCGUCAGUCAGUCGAAUAGUAUACAAAGGGCCGCCCAAUACCAGGAAGCAGCAACAGAUGAGGAUUCGACAGGGCAACUUCCAAGUGCUUCUGACAACCUACGAGUACAUCAUCAAAGAUCGGCCGGUUUUGAGUAAAAUCAAAUGGGUGCAUACUAUCGUCGAUGAAGGUCAUCGUUUGAAGAACGCGGAGUCGAAGCUGAGCAGCACCAUCACACAAUACUACACGACACGCUACCGACUCAUCUUGACUGGAACACCUUUGCAGAACAACCUUCCCGAACUGUGGGCGUUGCUGAAUUUCGUGCUGCCCACAAUCUUCAAGUCGGUCAAGUCGUUUGACGAGUGGUUCAACACUCCUUUUGCCAAUACGGGUGGCCAGGAUAAGAUGGAACUGACUGAAGAAGAACAGCUCUUGGUCAUCCGUCGUCUCCACAAGGUGCUCCGACCUUUCUUGCUCCGUCGUCUCAAGAAAGACGUCGAGAAGGAUCUUCCUGACAAACAGGAACGUGUCGUUAAAUGCCGGUUUUCUGCUCUCCAAGCUAAGCUGUACAUGCAAUUAAUGACGCAUAACAAACUGGCGGUCACGGACGGCAAGGGUGGCAAGACCAGCAUGCGCGGUCUCAGCAAUAUGCUCAUGCAGUUGAGGAAAUUGUGCAACCAUCCCUAUGUCUUUGAACCCGUUGAAGACCAAAUGAAUCCCGGGAGAGGGACCAAUGACUCCAUUUGGCGAACAGCUGGCAAGUUCGAGCUCCUCGACAGGAUUCUGCCCAAGUUCCGUGCCACUGGCCAUCGUGUCCUGAUGUUCUUCCAAAUGACUCAGAUCAUGAACAUUAUGGAGGACUUCUUGCGGCUUCGUGGAAUUCAAUAUCUCCGUCUCGAUGGUGGCACCAAGGCUGAGGAUCGUUCAGAAUUACUUCGUGUCUUCAACGAACCUGGAUCUCCUUACUUCUGUUUCCUGCUCUCGACUCGUGCGGGUGGGUUAGGUCUGAACUUGCAGACCGCCGACACAGUCAUCAUCUACGAUUCAGAUUGGAAUCCUCACCAGGAUUUGCAGGCGCAAGAUCGUGCUCACCGGAUUGGACAAAAGAAUGAAGUCCGAAUCCUGCGUCUUAUCAGCUCCAACUCGGUGGAAGAAAAGAUCUUGGAGCGCGCCCAGUUCAAGCUUGACAUGGACGGCAAGGUCAUCCAAGCUGGUAAAUUCGACAACAAGUCGACCAACGAAGAACGAGACGCGUUCUUAAAGACCUUGCUGGAGUCAGCGGAGGCGGCCGAACAAGCUGGCGACCAAGAAGAAAUGGAUGACGACGAUCUGAAUGAGAUCAUGGCUCGGAAUGAAGCAGAAUUGGUGUUGUUCAAACAAAUGGACAAGGAGCGAGCCGAGACCGACAUAUAUGGACCUGGGCGUCCACUUCCUCGCUUGAUGGGAGAAAGUGAACUUCCUGAGAUCUACAUGGCCGAGGACAAUCCGGUUCAGGAGCCUGAGGAAGAGUACACGGGCCGUGGUGCCCGUGUCAAGACUCAAGUCAAGUAUGAUGAUGGUCUGACGGAAGAACAGUGGCUAGCAGCCGUGGAUGAUUCUGACGACUCUAUAACCGAGGCAGCGAAGCGCAAGGCUGCCCGGAUUGACAAGAGAAGAACGAACAAAGCCAAGCGAGAACGUGAAGCCGCCGGUGUGGCUUCUUCACCUGAAAAGAGCGAAAGCUCGGAAGAAGAGCCCCCUCCGAAGAAGAAAGGCCCGCGGAAGUCAGCCGGUCAGAAGCGUAAGGGCGACGACAUUGAGGAGGAGACGCCUGCAUCGAAGCGGAAGCGUGGAAAACAACCGAACAAGGCGGCCGACCCGCUAACGCCCCACGAACGAAGCGCCUUGCAAAAAGCAUUGAAGGCUGUGUUUGAAUCAAUCAAAGCCUUGGAAGUCCCGGAUUCAGACCCCGAAGACCAAUCUGAAGAAGAAAGCGAUGAUGAGCCGCCGACACGACUGGUCAUUGGGCCGUUCCUGGAACUCCCACCGAGAAAGUUGUACCCCGAUUACUACAACUUCAUCCAGGAGCCUAUUGCCAUGGACAUGAUUGAAAAACGUAUCAACAAUCACCAAUACACGAGCUUGAAUGAUCUUAGCAGAGACAUUGCUCUGUUGGCAAGGAACGCUAAGACGUACAAUGAAGACGGCAGUAUGCUUUACAAUGAUGCAAUUGCAAUCGAGAACCACUGUAAUGAAAUGAUCGCGAAACAAAUAUCUGAGCAUCCCAAUCUCGCGCAGAUAGGGGGAAGAAAUGCUCAAGACGGCGAGUCCACCGCAGCAGCAUCGAGUGCUGGCACGCCUCGCGGUUCUGCCGCCCCUACAGGGGGAACGAAGCUGAGAUUGACGUUGGGCGGAAAUGGAUUCGCUACGAAUGGAACUACGAGCGGAGCGGCCAGCGGCACUGAAUGA